AUGGAUGGCGACGCUGUCACUACCGCCUCGGCUUCGAACGUCACCACGCCUGGCCGUGGUCCGAGCGCGCUGGACGGCAAGGAUGUCUCUGCAAACGCACCCAUCUUCACUCCUUCGCCUCUACUCCCACAGGAUGGCUCCGCUUGGUCCAUGGCAAAACCUGUCUCUCUGACGUGGGCAAACGACCUCUCCGCCCGACCGCCUCCUACUGAGCUCAUUUCAGAACCAGCCACGACGAGUCCGAGUGCCACCAGACGUACCCCAGCCAAAGACUCGACGGGACCGUCAUCAUCGCCAUCUUCGUCCCUCAAGAAGGCAGCAGCGGGCGCAACUCAAAAUCCGUCAUCUGCAGCACCACCGAGCAGCAAGAAGGGGCCAGCAGCGCCCGUGCCAAAACGCGCUCCGAUCCGCUCCACCACCUUGGAUCCCCGUCAUCUCGCUGCAAAGAGGCGGUCAAGUACCGAUGACGAUAACGACGGCGCGGAGGUAUCGGGCCAGCCUGCAGGUGUUGAUGACGAAGAACUGAUCGACGAAUUGAGCUCGCUCACCAUCGCCACGGACGACGUCGCAGGCUCCAGCACUAUCCCUCAACACCAAGGCUAUAGUUCGCCGCCCGCAUUCAUGCACACGGGCCAUCACGCCCAUCGUCCCUCUGGCUCUUUCCCACCAGCGCUCUUCAGCCCUGGCGAAGCAUUCAUGCACCCCGCGCCCUACCUUCCCGGCAGCGGGACUCGAUCGCCCGAUGGCUACACACACGGCUACCCAGGCAUGCACCCGGGCAUGCCGCCUAUCGACAUGUCUGGCUACGAAUCCUACCGCACUACGCCAGACCCCUACGCACCCACCAUGCCAGGACGCGCCAUCUUUGCAUCGCCGGGCUCGCAGGGCUCCACUCCGCAGAGUCCAUCCUUUGGGCCUGCACCCCUCGGACCACACUUCAACCCUUCGAUGCGCAAUGGAGAAGCACUCUUCUACCCAGGAAUCGUCCCAGGCUUCGGACCGCCUCCAGCAAUGGCUGGAGGUAUCGGAUCUUCCGUCCGACCCGGCAUGCCGCCAGGUCCUGGGCCAUAUGGCUUCGCAGCAGGUCCUGGCGUCGAGGCGCACUCGUCGCAGCUGGCCCAAUCGCCAAUGAUUGCGCCUGGCAUGCCCAUGCCGAUCGGCGGUGUCAUGCUGCCGCCCACAUCGCCAUCCAUGAAUGCUCCGCAGAUGUCGCCGAGCGGAUCUGAUGGUCGAAGCUCGCGUAGCCUCUCGCAGUCAUCGCCCUACGCGCCACACCGACGAAUGGGCUCCACAGGCGCGGAGUCCUUUGGCCCAGGGAUGAUGUCGCCGCGUCCUCCUCCCUUUGGUAUGACCAGCCAAGCAGGACCGUUUGUGCCCGGUCAACCUCCCAUACACGGCAUGAUGGGCGCUGGUCCACCAAUGAUGCCCUGGAACGGACGCUUCCACGACCACCGCCGUGUGCCGACAGGGCCCGGUGGGGUCAUGGCGCCCGUCGGCGGCUACGGAAUGGGAAUGCCAGGGGGACCGAUGGACAUGCACUACGCCCGCAACGGUCCCGGCUUCUACGGCAGCGGAGGACCCUUUCCUCCUCACAACAAUGGCGGUCCCGGGCUAGGCAGCAGCAGCAACAACGGCACUUCGAACCACUCCCGCAGUCCUCUGCUGGAAGAGUUCCGCAGCCGUCACACCAAGAACCGCAAGUUCGAACUGCCCGACAUCUACGGCAGCGUCGUCGAGUUUUCUUCCGACCAGCACGGUAGUCGAUUCAUCCAGGAGAAGCUCGACAGCGCGUCGACGGAAGAAAAGCAAGCACUCUUCGACGAGGUCCUUCCGCACGCACGACAGCUCAUGUCCGACGUGUUUGGCAACUAUGUGAUCCAGAAGAUGCUCGAGCAUGGCACGGAAGCGCAGCAGGAACUUCUGGCGUCGGAAAUGUCGGGUCACAUCCUGACGCUCUCUCUCGGCACAUAUGGGUGUCGCGUCGUCCAAAAGGCCUUCGACCACAUCAGCGCCACGCAACGCGAGACACUUGCGCAGGAACUCGAGGGUCACAUCAUGCAUUGUGUUCGGGAUCAGAACGCCAACCACGUGGUGCAGAAGAUCAUCGAGCGCGUCUCGCCCUCUGCGAUCGCCUUCAUCCCCACCUCCUUUGUGGGUCACGUACCGGCGCUUGCAUCACACUGCUACAGCUGUCGGGUGUUGCAGCGGGUGUUCGAACACAGCAGUCCGGCACAAUCGCGACCGCUGCUAGACGAGCUGCUGGCGCAGGCCGUGACGCUGAUGCAACACCAGUACGGCAACUACGUGGUGCAGUGGGUGCUGCAGCAUGGCGCGGAGGAGGACCGGCUGGCGGUGGUCAACGGCAUCAAGGGCAAAGUCUGGCUGUUGAGUCGGCAUAAGUUUGCGAGUAACGUGAUUGAGGAGGUGGUGCGGACGGCGACGAGGGCGGAUUUGGGCGUGUUGCUCGAGGAGAUCCUCACGCCAUCUGCUGCUGAGGAAAGUCAAGGAGCCGGAGGAGGCAGUCAAGGUGUUGCACCAGCGGUAUUGAUGAUGCGCGACCAGUACGCCAAUUAUGUGCUGCAGCGGUUCAUCCAGCAGGCUGACAAGGAGCAACGUCAGCGUCUCGUCGAGGUGAUCCAACCGAGUUUGGCAACUGCCAGGAGAGUAGGCGGUGGUGGCGUGCCAGGCCAAGGCGCAAGCAAGCACCUCAUCGCAAUCGAGAGGCUCAUCGACAGCCUGCCCGAGGCAGAGGCGUAG